GUGGGUUCACAGCAGACGUCCACGCUCGGGACGACAGGUGCACUCCCCCUCGGAUGAUGCCACAGCGGCACUUUUUAUUGCACAUUUUUCUACUACUUUUGACAUCCUGAAAAUGCCUUUCCCGCCGAUCAGCCUCCAUCAGAAGAUCUCCUCGCCGGGGAGGGAGUUUUUCGGGAAGAAGAAAGCCAAUCCUGUCAGCGGGGAGAAGGGGGAACCCGGGAAGGAGAAGCAAACCUCAUCUUGGACCUCGGCGAAUUUACGCAAUUUGGGGCGCAGGGCGCAGCAGGAGAAGACUAAAAUCCCCACGCAGAAGGAUCCGCAGGGGAAAUGCUCCUGGCUGACCGCCACCAAACCUCAGGACUCGUCCGCGGGAGUGAGGCGCUCCUCUUCCGUGGACUCCGGCAGACUCCUCGCCGGCAAAGAAAAAGACGCCAAAAAGGAGCUGCAAUUCACGCUCAGCCUCACCCCGGAGGCCAUCCUGGUCAUCCAGAAGCGGAACCUGGAGAAGCAAAUGCUGGCCAAGCAGCAGAAAUGCUGCGCGUCCACGGACUUCCGGCACCGGCGCGUGUUCCCUUCCAAAAAGGCGCACGGCGCCUCCAAGGGCGCGCAGCCGUCCACCAAAGCCGAGGAGGUGGAGCACCAGGACAUCACCGCCAUCGUGAAAAUCUCCCUGUUGAACGACCAGUACAAGUACGACGACGUGGAGUACGAGGAGGAGGACGGCGACGUGGACGAGACGGUGGUGAGGAAGUGCAAAGAGUGGCUGAAAGGCGUGGAAAGCGCCGCCGCGCUGGGGAAGGUCGACAAACUUUGCGCACUCCCGCACCUUAAAGGCUGCUGACAGCUGGAGACGUCACGGACUCACCUUCUUACACGUGGACUGCACACCUGCUGCCAUGCACGCUCAGGUCACCAGUGGAAUGUCUGUACUUUUUUUUUUUUUGUGGAAUAUACUUCCCCGGGAUGAUUUGAAAGAUCUUAGUGCCUUUUCAAUCAUCAGUGACUUUUUGCACAUGACAUGUUUUUGUUUCCAGUGAAGGCGGCUUUACGCCAAAUAACCCCUUUUUGUUGUGUGAGAACAAUAAAGAGUCAGCUACACUGUAAAAAAAAAAAAAUUACCAGUAUUUUUUCCGCAUACUGUAAUCCAAAUGUACUUCGACAUUACAACACAUGGCAGUAACAUCACUGUGUGCUAGCAAUUAACUGUAAAGUCCUCUGUAAUAUCACAACAAAUUACUGUACAUUCAAUCUGAUUGUCUCUUAAGAGGUUCCGUAGACCAGUGUUUUUCAACCACUGUGCCGUGGUGUGCCGUAGGAGAUGAUCUAAUUUCACCUAUUUGGGUUAAAAAUAUUUUUUGCAAACCAGUAAUUAUA